UCCUUCGCGUACACUACCUCGGUCGCCGCGUGCGCCGCGCGUAGUCCGCGAUACGCCGAGCCGCGGCGUCCGCACCGCGUCCACGCACGCGCAGCUUCCCAUUCCAAUUCCAAAUUCAAUUUUUUUUUCGUGUAUUUCCGGCCAGUGUAGUGAUGGUAAAUUGAUUGCCGGUUCCAGUAACAUAGUGUUGACCAGAAAGGUCGGUGCAGACGUCAGCUGGCGAGGCCGGGAAUGGGGAAGAAAACUAAAGAAAAGGAGGAGGAGAUGGCAGCGAACGAGGGCUUCAACCUGGACGGCAUUCUGAGCGAGUUGGGCAGCUUCGGCAAGUACCAGCUGCUGCUGCUGUUCCUGCUCGCCUUCCGGGACUCCUUUCUCGCCAUGUGCAACUUCAACUUCGUGUUCACCGCCGCUGAAGUGCUCCACAGAUGCGUCGUGUCGGAGUGCGACGCCAUCGACCCCCGAUUCAACGCCUCAUGGAUCAGCUACGUCCUGAAUGAUACCAAGAUCUGUCAGAGACCUGAGCCCAUAGCACCCGCGUUGAGGGAAUACGACAGCGGGUAUUGCCUGCCACACCACUUCGAUUUCAACAGCUCUGUGGCAUGCGAACAGAUCGUCUAUGAAAACUACAACAGCAUAGUAGCUGAGUUCAACCUGGGAUGCGAACCGUGGAAGAGGACGAUGAUCGGAACUGUCCACAACAUGGGAUUGGUGUUCUCCUUCCUGCUCUUGGGCUUCAUAUCGGACAGGUACGGCAGGAAGGUGGUCAUCGUAGCCACGCCGCUGGCGGUCGGCGUGGCCGGGCUGGUCAAGUCCUUCUCCGUCAACUACUGGAUGCUGCUGGUCUUCGAAUUCUUGGAAACGGCGCUCGGAUAUGGCAACGCUUCUUUGGUGCUUUCUUUAGAGACCGUCAGUCAGAAGCGGCGCGUCAUUUUCUCCUGCAUAUCAGACAUGAUGUCUAGCUUCGGCAGUGCCUUCUUCAGUCUCAUAGCUUGGAAGAUUCCGUACUGGCGCCACCUGAUGCGAGCCAUCUACGCUCCACUACUCGUCGUGGUCUUCUACAUCUUCCUGGUGGACGAAGGAGUGCGCUGGCUGUUGGCCCAUAACAAGAAAGACGAGGCUGUGAGGGUGCUGAACAAAGUGGCUAAAAUCAACAAAAUCACGCUGUCAACCAAGGCCAAGCAGAUGCUGCGCAGCAUCACGGAACAGAGGACUAAGGCUGAUGAGGCCGGCCACCCACGCCCAGAGAAGCCGCAUUUAGCCCUAGUUCUCCGCUCGAAGAAGAUGCUCCUCCGCGUAGCCCUGAUCGCCGCCUGCUUCUUCUGCGGCAUGUUCGUCUUCAACGGCACCAUCAUCAACAGCAGUACCAUCUCCGGCGACAGAUAUCUCAACAUGUCCAUAUUGCUGCUUGUCGCUGUCCCCACGAGAAUCAUCACAGCUCUGACGCUGACUAGAUAUGGCAGAAAAGCCCCCAUUUGUGUGGCGUAUUGUCUCUGCACUAUGUUCUUUAUCAUGUCCGCAGUUAUACCCAAAUCCUGGGCGUGGGCAUCCGUGGUGUUGUACGUGUUCGGCAAGAUGUGCACGGACUACGGGCUGUUCUCCAUCUGCGUGGUGGCGCUGGAGGUGUUCCCCACCACCUCGCGCAACUCGCUCACCAACAUCGCCAACACUGUCGGCAGGCUCGGCACUGUCCUGGCGCCGCAAGUGCCACUGCUGGAGCAUUACUUAUCUGGAAUGCCAAGCAUUGUGUUCGGCGUCGUGUCGCUCUGCUCUGCGAUGCUAACCCUACUUUUACCUGACACCAGUCGGGCGGCACUGCCUGAUCACAUUGAGGAAGCAGAGAAGAUCGGAGAUGGAGAAGAUGGAGAAGAAAUUCCCCAGUUUAGGGACGAAGAAGCUGGAGAAAUCAACACCAUAUCUCGUAGUGUCGAAAAAUCAUGUAAUAAUAAUAUUGGUGGCCUGACUGACUUUGUGAGUAAGGAUAGUCUACGAUGACCUACUUAGGACAAAGUGAUUUGUGAAUAUCAAUAGAACUUGCGUGUCAAGACAUAGGAACGAUCUCAAUAUGUGGGUGAACUUUAGUGCGGACAUGAUGAAGAGGUUAUUAUUAUUUAAUGUACUUAGUUUUUUCUACUUUAACAUGUUUUCUUAUUGCAUCAGCUGUAAAUUUUGUAUCUGUGAUUCCGUAGCCAUAAAUUAGAUUAAUCUCAUGUAUGUAGAAAUUACAAUUUGUAUGUCUUGAUAUUAUUUAAUCAAUGCCAAUGAUAUUGUAAUUAAGGAAUUUAGUAGAUCGUAUUUUUCUGAUUUGUACGCGCUGUUACCUGCUGUGGGAAGCGAAAUAUUUACAUUACUAAGAGUUAGUUACUAACCUAUUAUUAAAUAAUAGUUUGAGUGUUAAGCUACUGCACAUUAUUAAAUACUAUUUAUUAUAAA